GUGGGAACACUCAGACGUUAACGUUUGACUGUAGCGUUAUAAAAUAAUAUUACACAUUCUUUUCUUUUUCUCUCUAUUUAUUAAGUAUUUUUUUUUGUGGGUUGCUUUUGAUUCUUUGUUUGCUUUCAAGGAGUGGUGGAAGCUGCUGUUUUACAGAAACAACAGAGCUCUUUUGAGUGUUCAUUUGGGCUUUUUUUUGUUAUUGAAGGAGUUACGGGUUUUGAUAAUUCAGUUGAUCCAUAAGGAAUUGUAUCAAGCCAUGGAGAUCUGUCCAUAGGCAGAGUUGCUUGAUAGAGUAUGAGCUCUCCAUCAACUGAACUUACCAAGAGGAUGGCAAUAUAUGAGCAAUUCCACCAGAUAAGCAGGUGGGGAGAUGUCUUCAACAGUGACAAUAGUCCAAAUACAGGGUCAUCCACAAUUGUGCAGGUGGAUGUUAGGCUAGACAACAAGGCUGAAUAUAUAUCUUGUGAGCAAGUUGAACCUUCCAGAAGUGAUCAAGAAACAAACAAGCCCACUGAUAAGAUACAAAGGCGUCUAGCACAAAAUCGUGAAGCUGCUCGUAAAAGUCGUCUACGGAAAAAGGCCUAUGUUCAACAAUUAGAAUCAAGUCGUUUGAAACUAGCUCAAUUGGAGCAAGAACUUGAAAGAGCUAGACAGCAGGUUUCUAGAUGUGGCAUGCAUAAUCAAUUAGGCAAUGCCUUAAUGCAGGGUAUAUACAUAAGCAGUGCAUCAGAUACUGGUUAUUUUGGAUUGUCUGGAACUGUAAACUCAGGGAUCACUGCAUUUGAGAUGGAAUAUGGACACUGGGUUGAAGAGCAAAAUAAACAGAUAUGUGAACUUAGAAGUGCACUCCAGGCACAUAUUACUGAUAUAGAGCUCCGAAUUCUGGUAGAAAGUGGCUUGAACCACUAUUGCAAUUUGUUCCGCAUGAAAGCAGAUGCUGCAAAGGCAGACAUCUUCUAUUUGAUCUCAGGCAUAUGGAGAACUUCAGCUGAGCGUUUCUUCCACUGGAUUGGCGGGUUUCGCCCAUCAGAGCUUUUAAAUGCUGUCAUGUCACAAAUUGAGCCCUUGACUGAUCAACAACAUUUGGAGGUCUGUAACCUUCGACAAUCUUCUCAGCAAGCUGAAGAUGCUCUUUCCCAAGGAAUUGAUAAACUCCAGCAGAAUUUGGCCCAGAGUGUUGCAGCUGAUUUGAGUUCAGGAAACUACAGAGUUCAAAUGGCUGCUGCAAUUGAUAAGUUGGAAGCCUUAGAGGGCUUUGUAAACCAGGCUGAUCACCUCCGCCAACAGACGUUGCAGCAGAUGGCUCGAAUCUUAACAACUCGUCAAGCAGCUCGAGGUUUACUUGCCUUGGGGGAAUACUUUCAUCGCCUACGUGCUCUCAGUUCACUUUGGGCUGCCCGUCCACGUGAACCUGCCUAGUCUGUAAAGAUAGAACUUAGAGAACCAGCAAUUAUAUGUAGGGUGUAGUUCAACUGGUAAGAAAUGGAUUUUUGGAGGUCCUGUUGUAUGAACUACAAUAUGUAUGUGCUUAUAAUUUUUCAAAAGAAACUUCUUGAGCAUAAAACCUGUAAAUACGAAUCCUUAUGCUGUGUAUCAAGAAGAAUUUUAGGUCAUUAAAGUUAGAUUUUCAGGUGUUGUAUAGUACUGUAUUGUUUGGAAGGCGGAGAACUAUAUUACUAAGCUUGUCUUUACACUA